AUGCUCACUGCCCUUGUUCUUGCUCUCGCCGCUUCCGGUGCCUCCGCCGCGCGCAUCAAGUGGGCCGGCUCCCAGGGUCCCUCUGCCGGGUUCCUUGCCUGCGGCGCUGACAGUAGCUCGACCAACAACCGUCGCCUUGUGCACACGAACUGGGACUUCCGCGUCGGCGAAGAGACCAAGUUCAAGAUCUCGGAGGAGGGCGCGAACCUCUGUCUCGACGCAGGACUUCAGCAGUACAAUGGCUCACCGGUCAAGGUCUGGGAGUGCCUUGACGGCGUGCCCCAGCAGCAGUGGUUCGUCUCCAACGAGGGCCAGUUCAAGCUCGCCAACACCAUUAUCGAAGUCCACAAGGCUUCCAGUGCCACGGAUCUCGUUCCCCGUCCGCCGCGACCGCCUCGACCGUGCCCUGUCCACAGCUACCUCUGCCUCGGCAGCCAGAGGUCGUCAACCAUCGACUUGCAAUCCGUCCCCGUCGUCCUCGCAAACUCCCACCCACCUGCAGCCGGUUACCGCGGUCGUGUCAUUUCUGGUUCUAAUCUGGACAUGUGUCCGUUCCAUUUUGGUGCGGAUGUUAUCAAGCUCAGGUUCUCAGGAGGUCUGCUCGAGCGGCUGAUAGGACCGGCCGCUCCGCCCUCCGUUCUCGCUUUCGGCCCCGCCUAUCUCUCUGCGCCUCUACUUCUCCAGGAAGAGAAUGCCAGGCGUCGAUGCCCGGACAAGGAAAUCCGCAAUGCUGCUGCUACUGGACGGCUUGUGGCCAGCUGUUCAGGCGUUCCCGCGGGGUCGGCUAUGCAAACCUAA